CCAUGGAUGCACCUCAUCAUGCAUGGGCGCGCAGUCAAGUCCCGACUCCCGAGCUACCCCUCCAUCACCCCAGCCCACCUGCUGCGUCCACCUCGGUCACUCAACUCAUUGACCGGCAAGGUACCACCUACCUCGACCUGUAGUGCUAAUUCACUGCGCGCAUCCUGACACAGUACUACUACUACUAAAGCUGCCUUGCCUGCCUGCCUUGUCAUCUUUCGGCGCACCUCCAUGUACCUCUGCCCUGCAGUUUGCCUGCCCGAACCCUUCCAUCGUUCACACACUUUCCCCUCGACUUGACCGCCGACAUUUCCAUCUCAGAAGAGCCUCGCGCCGCCCAUCACUUCAGACUGUCUGGCCAGCCCGGUUGCGCAACAAAUUCCGUUUCCCUGCAUCCCAUCCUUUCGCCGCUCAGCCUCGUCCUCCUCCUCGUCCUCCUUCUUCCCCUCCCCAUGGUCGCCCUCCUCAGCAGCCACCCUGUCUCGUGCCUCGCAGCCCGCCGACGCUGACAGGCGCCAUGGAUCAGUCCAUUAUCCGCAUCUCCAAGGAGCUAAGCGACAUCCAAAGAGGCUCAGAUCUCGCUAUCGCUGUCGCCUGUCGCGAUGUUGAUGUUCGCAACGUCAAAGCCCUCAUUGUCGGCCCGCACGAGACGCCAUAUGAGUUUGGCUUUUUCGAGUUUGCGAUUCGGUUCAACAAAGAGUACCCAUCCAAAGCGCCUAAUGUACAGUGCGUAACGACAAACGGCGGGUUGUGUCGGUUCAACCCAAACAUCUAUGCUAACGGCAAGAUCUGUCUAUCCAUCCUUGGCACAUGGAGAGGUGAACCUGGCGAGGAGUGGUCGUCCGCUCAAGGUCUCGAGUCCAUACUGCUGUCCAUUCAAAGUCUUCUCUCGUCCAACCCUUACGAGAACGAACCCGGCUUCGAGGAUGCAAAUGAGGAGUCGGACAAGAGAAUGCAAAAGGCCUAUAUUGAGAAGAUUCGCCAUGAAACCCUUCGCAUUUCCGUUAUCCAGCGCCUCGAAUCCUACCUUGGUCUCGCCCCGGAUGGUUCACGGCUCAAGGACGUAGAGACGGAGGAAGUGGACGAAAGCAGCAUACCUUUCGAACCCUUCAAGGACCUUUGCAAACGUCGCUUUCUCUGGUACUACCCUUCGUAUCUCGCCGCCAUUCAGGCGGCUAAGACUGAGGUCAAGGCGAAUCAGGUAUUCUCGAGAAUGCCGUUCGAGGCGCCCAGCCACAAUAGCAUGGAGGGCCGGUUCAACUACCCCGAACUUGAGCGCAGGUUGAACAAUAUCAAGGCCGCACUCGAUGACGAACCUAAAGUCUGGGCCGAGGAGGGUCUCGCGGCCAUGGCCCAGGAAUCGACGGUAUGCGUGAAUCUGCAGCACCAGUUCGAGCAGGUAUCGGCGGCCUUCAAACGUAGCGACAUGCCCCAUGACGUGGCACUCGACAACGGAAACCCAUUCUGUUGGGUCAUCACGUACUUUGGCGCCCCGAUGACGAAUCUAGACGGAGGACUCUUGCGAAUUCGGAUGAGUUUCAGUCCCCGAUUCCCCGAUGAGCAACCCCGAGUACGCUUCGAGACAAAGAUUUUCCACCACCACGUUGCCGAGGACGGUACGGCCUGCUACAGCCCAAAUCCGUUGAAGCGUGAGGACAUCAAGUCUCAUAUCGAGGCCAUAAUAUCGGUCCUAGAGGAGGAAGAGCCCGCCUACGACCCCCGCAUGAUUGUCAAUCCCGAAGCCACCCGUCUGUAUUGGGGUAAGACUUCGGACAGCAAGAAGAUGUAUAACCGCCGACUGCGACGGUCUGUACAACAGAGCAUGGAGGACUUUCCAGAGUAGUGAUCCAUGCUGGGGCGGAUCCGGUUCCGACAGAGCCGCCAAAGACAGUGGAUGAGCUGGGUUGGGCUCAGGUCGUAGCUAGCCCGCGCUUUUGGCACGACGAUGGCGUGGCGGUCUCCGCCGCGGAUGAAGAGCGAGGAGUUAACGACGUCUCCGACUUGUGUUACUAGGCUCAACAUGAUCAGUUGUGCGCGGCUGUAUUCGCAUCCAGCGUACAUUUCCAUCAAUAAGAGGAGCAAAAACAAACCGUCGCUACGUGAACUUGAGGUGCGGGUAACAUCAUAUGAGGGUUGGCCGUAUGCAUAAUUGCGGCAAUAGCAGCAUAGGAAGCAUGCUUGUCUUCAUUCUCGUUUCCACGCAGAGUACUUGAUAAUUAAAG